AAGCCCAGUCUCUUCCCUUUUUCCCCCUAAUUUCUUCUCACUCCCCCCCCCCUUUCUCAAAGUCACAGGCUUCGAAUUCGACAAUCCCUAAUUCCAAAAUCCCACCCCACGGAUCUAGAAGUGUGUGAUAAUAAUAACACAGAAGAUGUCGUCUUUGCGGGAAGAGAAUGUGUACUUAGCCAAGUUAGCUGAGCAAGCUGAACGUUAUGAGGAAAUGGUUGAGUUCAUGGAGAAAGUCGCAAAGACUGUUGACACCGAUGAGCUUACUAUGGAAGAGAGAAACCUCUUGUCUGUUGCUUACAAGAACGUUAUUGGUGCUAGGAGAGCUUCCUGGAGGAUCAUAUCUUCCAUUGAACAGAAGGAAGAAAGCAGAGGCAACGAUGAUCAUGUUUCGAUUAUCAAAGACUACAGAGGAAAGAUCGAAACCGAACUCAACAAAAUCUGUGAUGGAAUAUUGAAUCUUUUGGAUUCUCACCUUGUUCCAACUGCAUCUUUGGCUGAGUCCAAAGUCUUUUACCUCAAAAUGAAAGGUGAUUACCACAGAUACCUUGCUGAGUUUAAGACUGGAGCUGAUCGGAAGGAAUCUGCAGAGAGCACCCUUGUUGCUUACAAGUCAGCUCAGGAUAUUGCACUUGCUGAGUUAGCUCCUACUCAUCCGAUUAGACUGGGACUUGCUCUUAACUUCUCUGUCUUCUACUAUGAGAUUCUCAGCUCACCUGAUCGUGCUUGCAGUCUUGCAAAACAGGCUUUUGAUGAGGCCAUUUCUGAGCUGGAUACAUUAGGAGAAGAAUCAUACAAAGACAGUACACUGAUAAUGCAACUUCUCCGUGACAAUUUGACCCUCUGGACUUCUGACAUCAAUGAUGAGGUGGGUGGUGAUGAGAUCAAGGAGGCGUCAAAACAUGAGCCGGAAGAGGGGAAACCAGCAGAGACAGGGCAGUGACCAGAUGAUGGUACGGAAGAAAUAUUUCUAAGUAUGUAUGGUACGGAUUUGGCUUUAGUUUCCAAAAACAUAUGAUAUUAUUAUUGGGGUUUGUAGUAGCAGCGAGAAAGAUCAUUAUUUGAUAUUCUCUUAGAAAACUUAAAAACCUCUGUUCCCUUUUCUUUAGUUGGUUUGUUUUUAAAAGCUCUUGAUCGCUGAUUCUCGCGAUAUUGCUUGUUAAGUA